AUGGAGCAACAGGUGGUAGUUCGCGCACACACCCCUCUAUGGAGUGCCGCAUUACUGAUUGAACAUCCGGAGGCCAUAGUGUCUGUGCAUCGCAAGUACUGUAAUGGCAUAUUUUUAAUGUGCCAUGUUCGCGUUAUUGCCACAUAUUACCGGGAUCAGGCGUCAGCUUUGAUUGAAGCAAAUGUGGACUGUCUUGCACUAGAAACGAUUCCUUCUCUUACAGAAGCCAGACUUGCUAUUGACGCCAUUUCGAAGCUUCCGCCUGUGCCUCUUUGGAUUUCUUUCUCUUGUAAAAAUGGAAGCUGUACGAACUCUGGCGACGAAUUUUCUGAUGUCGUUUCUGAACUUUGUUUGAAUUCCGCUGUAUCCAUGAUUGGCAUUAAUUGCACUGACCCUUCAAUCGUCGGCGACUUGCUGAAACACGGUGCUUACGGAAUGAAGCCAUUUGUUGUUUACCCCAACAGUGGCGAAAAGUACUGUAAUGGCAGGUAUUGCUUAUAG